UGUAACGGCGGUCUGAAAAUGGCCAUCGUCAGAUUCGGUUAGCUAUCGCUGCCUGUUUGGUUUUUUAUUGAACUGUCCUUUUUUUUUUAUUAUUAACGGAGCGACACAGCAAACGAUGCGAGUCGGAGCUGAAACCGGAGCUAACGGGCCGUAGCUUAGCGCGUUCCCCACCGGCCGUUAGCGUAGCCCCGUGUCCGGGCUGAAGCAGAUGGGCUCCUCGGUGUAUUUGGGUAAAAAGGCGGAAGACUCAGAUUGCGUAUCAACACACCGAACCGGAGAUGCUACCAAGCUACCGCCGCUAGCCAGCCAGCUAACUGACCGUUUGUUGUGAGAUGCGGGUAAACGGCAACCGAUUCACCAGAGACUAGCGGCGAGACAUUUCCCGUGACGUGUCCUGCUGUAUGGAGCCACGGCGACGGGACCCCUUCAACUGAGAGCUCUUAAGAGAACCGUGGGGAUGGCGAGCAGGAGGAAGUCCACCACGCCCUGCAUGGUCCCCCCUCGGGACCCCCAGGACCAGGACCAGGACCAGGACAUGGAGGACACCACGGCCCAAUCAGAGGACAGCAACGGCGUCUCUGCCGAGGUUUCCGUGUCCGGUGCGUUGGAGGAGUGGGGCGAGAACGCCGACGGGCGCCACCAGGACCUGAGCGUGGCGGCGGCGGCGGGCGGCUACGAGUGUAAAUACUGCAGCUUCCAGACGGCAGAGCUCAACCUGUUCACCGUGCACGUGGAGGCCGAGCACCCCGACAUCAUCACCAACACCUCCUACGUCUGCGUGGAGUGUGACUACCACACCAAGAGCUACGACACCUUGCUGGCCCACAACGCUCGCCUGCACCCCGGCGAGGACAACUUCACCAGGACAACCACGAGGCACCACAACGAGACGCUGGUCCAGCAGAGCAUCAACGAGCUCACCUUCGACGGAGGCUUCGUCAAGAUGGAGGCCGACGAGCCCUACGACGAGGCCGCCGCGGACUCGUCCCGCCGGGGCAUCGCCUUCAGCAAGACGCCCAUCAUGAGGGUCCGGAGCCGGCGGCCUGAGCCCAAGAAGUUCGCCGCCACGGCGCUGAAGGCGGCCGCCAGCGACGACGUCAUCAAAGUGGAAAGUGACGACGACGAAGAAGAAGACAACGCGGAGCCGCCGACGCUGUCUCCGGCCCCGAUGGCGUCGCCGGCUCCUCCUCCUCCUCCCCGCCUCAUCCCCGUGUCGGCGCCGCUGCAGGUGCACGCCGUCCCGCAGAGCAUCGUGGUCAACAGCUCUCGUGGCGUGGGGAGCGGCGGUGGCGUGCUGCCUCCCGGCACGCUGGCCCAGGUCCUGUCGGCGCUGCAGAACCAGCAGAACUGCGCCCAGACGCAGCUGCUCAUCCCCAUCAGCAGCAUCCCCACCUACAACGCCGCCAUGGACAACAACGUGCUGCUCGUCAGCGCCUACAACAGGUUUCCGUAUCCCUCUGUGUCAGAGAUCGUGGGCUUGGCCUCGCAGACGAAGUUCAGCGAGGAGCAGAUCAAAGUGUGGUUCUCUGCCCAGAGGCUGAAGCACGGAGUCAGCUGGACGCCUGAGGAGGUGGAGGAGGCUCGGAGGAAGAAGUUUAACGGCACGGUGCAGACCGUCCCUCAGACCAUCACGGUGAUCCCGGCCAACCUGGCGGCGGCCGCCACUAACGGGCUGCAGUCCAUCUUCCAGACCUGCCAGAUCGUGGGCCAGCCGGGCCUCGUCCUCACGCAGGUGACCACCGCCGCCGCCGGCGGCAACAGCAGCGGCAGCGGAGCCGUGCCGGUCGGCUCGCCCAUCACGCUCACGGUCGCCCCGGGCGUCCCCGGCAACCAGCCCAAAGCCGCCGAGCCGUCCGCGUCGGAGUCGAAGACCGAGAUGUCGGCGGCGGGCGCCGCGGAGGCGUUCGCGGCGGCGAAGCCGAAGAAGUCGAAGGAGCAGCUGGCGGAGCUGAAGGCGAGCUACGGGCGACGGCAGUUCGCCACGGAGGCCGAGAUCUCGCGGCUCAUGCAGGUCACCAAACUCUCCAAACGGGCGAUCAAGAAGUGGUUCAGCGACACGCGCUACAACCAGAGGAACUCGAAGGACCACCACGUGCUGCUGGGCGAAACGCCGCACGCCAAAACGCCCGUGGCGGCAGGAGGAGCCCGCGGAGGACGGACCAGCGGCGCUGGCGCCCUCAAUGACAACAGCAGCAGCAGCGAUGCCGCGGUAAGGCUGCGCACUUAA